GCUAUGGUCUAUAGCGACGGAUGGGGCUUUCCAUAGUUACGCUAUGGUACUAUGAUAAUAUUAUAAAAAAAAAAUGCCGAAACAUAUCAAGGAAUAACGCUGUUACAAUUAGUUAACGAAAGUAAAUCUCGCUGAGCGGAAUCGGUACUCUUUACACCUCCACGUGUCAAUUAUUACAGUGAAUGGGCCAACCAACGAAGGAAAUGAACGCAUGCCAGAUAAUUUCGAAGGUCAAUGGACACUAGAAUCCAGGGAAGCGUGUCCAACCGGUUCACCGGGAAUCCAGUUUACCUUACUUUAAAGGAGUUAUGGAGAGAAAGGAUUUCCUGUAGUCGAAAUGUUUGAACCCUCCUGUGUCGAGGAGCUCAUAGGUCCUGGUCAGAACAGUAUCGACAUUCGGUCUGUGCGGAUGCAUUAUUCGGAAAUGGCUCUACCCAGUAAAGGGAUCAGUUUUGCGUUUUGCUUCCUGGUGGUUCUUGGCAGUUCUCAGUUGGUUUCUUGCAUCGAGGAAUCCCCGUUGAAAGAUGAUUACGAUACGAUGCCACCACUGUACCUGUAUGAAGAUGUAACCGACUGCUUCGAGCGAUAUAAAGCCAGCCUGUACUGUGUCGUGAAAACGGUCAUCAAACCGAAUCCGAAGUCCGUUCUGUGGAACACGAUCGAGAGGUACUCCAAACGUCCUUCGUUCCACGAGCACUCGCUGCUCGAUCGUGGUUUGUGUGUUGAUGCCUGUGCGGCACUGGUAGAGGGCUUGGAGCCUGGUGUGCAAUCCUUCCUCGAUACACAGCGGGUGACGGUAGAGCCUUAUUUUCUUAUGAAGCUGCUUUCGGACGACAAGCUUCCGGCUCGGCAGAUGCAGUACGGUCGUAUGCUCAACAUUUGCGCCAACUAUCAUCUCUGGAUGCGAUACAAUCUCACGGGCUAUUCCGAGCUGGAACAUUGCGUCACCAAGGAGACGCACCUGUCUACAACGAUCACUGGUUACCAUGUUCUUUUUGUGUUACUCGUGCUCACACUGAGCGGCCUAGUGAUCUAUGCAACCGUGAUGGAUUUGCGUGGAGCACGGAUUAUUCCCAACAACAAUAACAAUAAUGAUGCUGCUGCACCUUCUAUUGAGCCUCUAUGGAUGGAGUUUUCGGUGCGUCGAACGUGGGCGCAACUUGUGGCACCGCCGGUAAACCAGCUGCACCGUGAUUUCGCCUUCGUCGAGGUGUUCCGGCUGCUUUCGGUGUUUAGUAUACUAGUCAUACACGUGAUGAUCGGCUAUAGUGUUACUCCUACGGCCAACAUGCGUCCGCUGGAGGAGCUGUAUGGUCAUCCGGUAGUGCAAUCGUUGGGUAGUGUUUUCCCCUUUCAGGUGCACACCUUCUUCACGAUCAGUGGCAUGAUGUUGGCGGUGUACUUCAUGCAGUAUGCCGCAGGGAGACGCAUCGGAUGGUCCUACCUGGGCAAGGCCAUUCUCGCUCGCUACAUUCGCAUCUUUCCACUCAUGUUCCUUGUGUGGCUGUACUACGUGUCGUGGUUCGAUCGGUUGUCGCAAGGCCCUGGUGACUAUCGCUUCUUUGAGACGGAGAGAGACAAUUGCCGAGCGAAUGGUUGGCUUAUCUUUCUGUUUCUCAAUAACUAUUUCCAAUUAAACAACAUGUGUAUGCAGAACUCGUGGCACCUUGCAGCCGAUUUUCAAUUCUUUCUCAUCGGACUACCGCUCUUGCUGCUCAUCAACCGACAUCCAAGGCUGACCAAACCGCUCCUGGUGCUCGCUGCCGGCUUCUCGCUUGCUGUACCGACCGCCAAUCUUUACUAUCACAAGAUACCCGGCGCUUUUCUGACCGUUUUCAAGCCAUGCAGGUUCAUGCUCUACUCGCGUCGUGAGUUCCACUACGAUUACAUGCUGUUCCAUACGAACACAUGUAGCUACUUUGCAGGAUUGUUUGCUGGGUUGGCCUAUCAUCGGUUAAAGACGAAUCCCUCCUUUGAGCUGGAAUCUAUGAAAGGCAUACGUGUGUUGAGAUGGGCACCGCUGGCUUUGGUCGUUGGCCAGGCUUCAAUGGCUUUCAUCUUCUACCAGCUGGACUACAGCGAACCGAUGCUGUGGAAUGCCAUCUUUGGAGCGGUUCAUCGUUGCAGCUGGGGCGUAAUGUGUGCGGUGGCGCUCUUGCAUGGUGCAACGGUGUGGCGUGCAAGGUACGCCAAGAUUCACACACAUCCCAUCGUACUACUGCUCAGUCGACUAUCGUACGGAGUGUUUAUGGUGCAGUUUUCGGUACUGAAGCUUUACGGACGAAAUGCCACCGGUACUGGCCUCGACUACAACUGGUGGAUCUUUCUCGAUACAGUUGCUUUUUUAUGGUUUUGGAGCUACGUAUCUGCGUUUGUGCUGGCCGUGCUGGUCGAGUUCCCGAUUGCUGCCAUCUGUAAACGAUUGCUUCGCUCGCCAAAAAGUAAAAAACCGAAUUGCGAACAUAUGGCAUCAUUACAUCUUAAAAAGGACAAAAGCAAAUGAGCUGUCGACACCCGUUUCCCCACUAAUUCCAAGCAAUACU